ACACAAUAUAACAUUGCGUGCAAACAUCUAAUGCUUUUAAUCCAUCAUCAACCCCACCGCAAAAGAAAUGCUACAGUGACAGCUGCCAUAGCCACGAGCUCCAUCUGGGUUUUCGAUUGUACACGAAAACCCCCCACCAUCUAAUCGCCAUGGAUCCUUGUGUCGACAUCUUCCAAAUCUACCGGCAAUACUGUGAUAUUACAUCAAGGGCGAUUGCUAAUGAGGGAGAAGAAUAUGGUCCAGAUGACGAGUCUCCGAAGGCAAGAAUCUCAAGAGAGGCAUUAGCCGAGUUAUUGAAAGUGGUGGAAUCGAAUGUCAGUACAAGGGCUUCAAUUCUUGACGAAGUUUUCAAGCUGAUGUCGAGACUAGAACUGAUGGCAGAGUUUUCAGAGUUCUCGCGCUUCUAUGAUUUCGUUUUCUUCAUUUGUCGGGAAAAUGGUCAAAAGAGCAUCACUGUUAGCAGGGCCGUGAUGGCCUGGAGAUUAGUAUUAUCCGGAAGGUUUCGUCUACUUAAUCAAUGGUGUAACUUUGUGGAGAAACACCAACGGCAUAACAUUUCUGAGGACACAUGGAGGCAAGUUUUAGCUUUCAGUCGAUGUGUACAUGAAAAUCUUGAAGGGUAUGACCCUGAAGGAGCAUGGCCUGUUUUAAUCGAUGACUUCGUUGACUACAUGUACAGGAUCAGGGGAUCUGGCUGCCCUCCUAAUUUGUUCUGUAAUUGUGGUGACUCAGAACCCCAACAACGUGUGGACUCAGUGCCUGGACUGAAAAUAUUCCCUGGAUCAAAGAGAAAAUCGGACGAUAAUAUGCAAAUGGACAUGGAAGCUGCAGAUGGCUACGCGGCCUCUAACAGUAUUAUUAUCAAAAGCACUAAGAGAAGGCACUUUUAUUUGGUCGAGAAUUCUGUUAAUGGUGAGGAUGAUCGUGUCGGAAUAAUUAAGCAUAAUUACAACAAUUGUAGCCCUUUGGGUGGCUCCAAAUCGGUUUGUGCAGUUGAAGGUUGUUUGACCAAGGGUUUUGCAGAGCUUUUGACCGGUCAAUCUUGUUUGCAAUUCGAUCGGGAGAGGAGAGUUUCGUAUACAUAAGAUGAAUGAAAACUAUUGGUUGGUCGGGUUUUUGAUUGUUUGAUGUGGUGUUUGUGUGCUUUUUUGGGCUGUGAUUUGUCGUCAGCCGGGAUUCAGAUUGAUAUAUCAUAUAAGUAAUAAAAUACAUUUUUUUUUUUCUUUUUGUUAGUAUUACAUUAUAUAGGGAAACCAUUAUUUUGAUUCUGUUGGAAGUUCCUUAUUAGAACUGCUUGGAAAUGUAUGCUUGGGUAUAAUUUACAAUGGCUGCUGUAUUUGUGUUUGAGGAUAUGAAGUUCUGAAUUUUUUUCUUCCUUUUUGAAAGUGUG